AUGCCCAAGACCCCAGAGAACCGCGACGCCACCGUCGUCUACCCAGGCACGUCGCCCGAGCUGAUGAUGGCCUACCGCAUCUUCGGCCCCGGGUACAACGACCUCGACGCGCUCGCCGAGCAGAAGAGGGCCAUCGUCACGCCCUCGUGCGACCUGACGGGCGAGGGCGGCGGCGGCGGCGAGCUCACGCGCCUGGGCCAGGACCUCGCGGCGAGCAUGGACCUCGACAUUAACCAGAUCAUGUACUCCCCAGACUCCCAAGAGCCCUCCCCGAAGCGCCAGAAGACCCUCGAGGAGCGCCUGGAGAUCUACCUCACCACCCCCGACCUCUGGGUGGGCCGCGACGCCGCCCUCGCCAGGACGAGAACCCACGUCGCGGCCCUCGACGAGAUGCACGCGACGAUCGGCACCUUCCUCGAGAUCUACACGACCCGCCUCCCUUACGCGAAGCCCCUGGGCCAGGCGAUGGACCGCCUCAUCUUCAACUUCAUGCGCUGGCGCGACGACGCCGCCCGCAUCGAGCGCCUCAUCGAGCUGCACGACAACUCGCGGCCCUGGGCGAUGUGGGUGUCCCCCGAGACGCCCGGCGUCACCCACGGGCCCCGCGUGGCGCAGGCCCUCUUCAUGUUCUGGGAGCUCGACCGCAUCAUCGUCGGGAUGCGCCGCGCCCUCGCCCACUGCGUGCACCUGCGCGACAAGCUCCUGGCCGCGCGCGCGACAGACUUGCGCAAGAGGCACUACCAUGAGCUGGUGUUCAACCUGCGGCGGUUCGCGUCCAUGUGCAUCAUUGAGGAGCUGCGGGGGGAGUUUGUGGAUGAGCUGGAGGCGGAGCGGAGGCAAUGGAGCCCCGAGUCGAGCCCCUGCAGCGAGGAGUACGCGACCGACUUUGAGGAUUUCAGCUCUGACUCCGAGUCCGAGGGGGAGGAGGGCGAGGACGGGGAGGGAGAGGAGGACAAUGAGGCUGCGCCCGCCACUGAUGCAGCGGCGCCCACCCAGGAGUAG